AUGAGCGUGAAGGAGUACAUCAAGCAGUACGGCAAGGAACCCACUUCUUGGGACGAAGAGCGCUUGAAGAAGCUGGAAGCCACCGAGUUACCAAGGGGAUACAUCGUUCCUAGAGGUGGACUGGGCUCUCUUGAUGCGCAAGGACAGGUGCAGCUAGCCAAGGAGGUACAAGAAUGGUUGGAGAGCAGGGUCGCUCAUUACAAGCAACUGAGGGGCGGUGUGGUGUGUAUAGAUGCAAUUCCGAAGAGACCAGUGUUUCGGGGAAGAUCCUCCGCACGGUUCUGCGCGAUCGAGCUCGAGAAGCGGAGCCAGUUCAGCGUUCCAAGCUUUAGCGGGAUCCAGGAGGGACAUCUCAUCCUGGUAGAGCAAGCUGGCGUGACCUACAAGGAUGUGAUUGGCGUGCCUGGCAAAUUCGAGUCGAUCGUCUCUAGGCAUGGGAUGAAUGCAGUACGUGUGCGGGUCUGGACAGCUUCGACUUACAACAUCACGUACGCUCUAGAGAUGGAAAAGCGUAUCAAAGAGGCGGGCUUGACUCUAAUGGUCGACUUGCACUACAGCGAUAACUGGGCCGAUCCGGGAAAGCAAUAUCAGCCUGUCGCUUGGGGUACGACCGUGCCCGAGCUGACGGUGAACAUAUACAACUAUACCCGGGACGUUGUCCUUGCUUUCGCAGCGCAAGGCACGCCGAUCGACGUUCUUCAAACCGGGAACGAGAUCAACUCCGGUCUUCUCUGGCCGACAGGAGAGAACACCACUCCCCAGGGGUGGGCAAAUGUCGCCACGUACCUGCAUGCGGCCCGGGAGGGCGCGCGCGCGGCACGCUUCGGUGGAAAGGUGAUGAUCCAUCUUGCUAACGGAUGGGAUCAGCCGGGUGCGACAUGGUGGUGGAGUAACGCCCUCGCGCAGGGGACGUAUGACUUGAAUGGUGUCGACUUAAUGGGGUUCUCGUUCUAUCCGUUCUACGGGACAAGCGCGACGUACGCUAACCUGAGCCUCUCCUUAAACACGAUUGCGAACACUUACGACAAGCCCAUCCUCGUCGCAGAGACUGAUUACCCGGCAACGCCCUGGAACGGCACCGCCCUGAGCCAGGAGUUCCCCAACACGCCCAAGGGACAGGAAGACUGGGUCAGUGGCAUUGUCAACGUGCUUGAUUCGUUGCCUCGGGGACUCGGACAAGGAAUCUUGUACUGGGAACCAGGAUGGGUUGGACCGGCGAGCUUGGGCUCGAGCUGUGCGGAUAAUUUGGUCUUUGUCGAGACGGGAAAUGCAAGGACGAGCGUCAACAUUUUUGACAUCAUGCGUGCCUGA